ACGUGCGGACGUCACGUUUGGUUCUGCUGCGCGGGAGUUGCAGUUUUGUGCCUUAUUUUGUUUACACAGCUAACGUUACUUUUAACCGUUAAAUGCAUCUUUUCUUUGUGAAGUAACCCAUCUGAUAUUCCUCUUAAUCACAUUACACCUGAGACAGUGAAAUCCUCCAUUGGACACAGAAUGGCUGCGGCUCCAGUGGAGUACACCAUCGGAGGGGUGAAAAUAAACUUCCCCUGCAAAGCUUAUCCCUCUCAGCUGGCCAUGAUGAACUCAAUCAUUCGUGGACUUAACAAUGGGCAGCACUGUCUGUUGGAGAGCCCUACUGGCAGUGGGAAGAGUCUUGCUUUGCUUUGUUCAGCGCUCGCAUGGCAGCAAGCACAGUUUGGUAAAGAACAGGAUGCAUGUUCUAGUUCAGCUGACUGUAAGAAACCAGCAGUGGCUACUCCAUGUCAGUGUGUGUGCCAUAAUCGAAAUGCACACCCCACUUCCAGCAGCACAGCAUCUAAACCACCUCUGGUUGAUCUUCCUUGUGAAGGUACUUCUGCUCAAGCUCCAACCCCUCUCUCAAAAGAAGUCAAUAGUGACCAGUCUAAGAAGUCCACUUUGUCUUCCCGUCUCUCUGAGAAACUUCAGGCCUCUCUCUCCAAUGGAGAACAAGAUGAUGAUUUUAAGAUUGACAGGAAGCGCAUUCGUACACCAAGCACAGAGCAGAAGAGCAGCAAGCGAAGAUGUCUCGAGCGAGGAGUGAUUUACAUUGAUGAUGAUGAAGAGGCGGCGCAUCUGGAGAGACUGGUGCCCGGGGCUCAGAGUUGGACCAUGGAAUUGAACAGUGGUGCCAGAGCUGACAGCUGCCAAUCGCAGCCACAGUGUUGUUCUCACGUGUCUUGUUCACUCUGUCCUUGCGCCAACCUCAAAGCAGGACAGAAAACGGUUGAAAAGUCCAAGGACAGUGAUAAAGACAAAGAGGGAAGCGGAAGGAAAAAGAUCCCAAAGAUCUUCUUUGGCACUCGUACUCAUAAGCAGAUCACACAGAUCGCACGGGAGCUCAAACGGACACUUUACUCCACCGUGCCCAUGACGAUACUGUCCAGCCGAGGACAUACCUGUGUUCAUCCUGAAGUGGUGCCUCAUGCCAACCGCAGCGAGCGCUGCAAAGAGCUGCUGGAGGCCAAGAACGGUCUGUCAUGUCGGUACUACCACAAUGUGCAUAAAAUGCGUGAUCAGAGCACUUUACAGUGGGUUCAUGGGCUACAUCAGGCCUGGGACAUUGAGGAUCUGGUCCGUCUUGGCGGUAAGCUGCGGUCCUGUGCUUACUACGCAGCUCGGGAGCUCAUGCAAGAUGCUUGCAUCGUGUUCUGUCCUUACAACUACCUGCUGGACCCCCUCAUUCGUGAAAGUAUGGAAAUCAAUCUGAAGGAGCAGAUUGUGGUGCUGGAUGAGGCUCAUAACAUUGAGGACUGUGCCCGUGAGAGUGCCAGUUACACACUGAACCAAGCUCAGCUGUUGCUGGCGCGGGAUGAGAUGGAUGGAAUGGUGACACACAACAUUCGGCGCGAUCAACACAGGCCUCUGCUAGCCUUCUGCUGCAGCCUUGCCAAUUGGGUGCAGGAAAGCUGCAAUAGCUUAGAGGAGCGUGAAUAUGAGUCUUCCUGUAAGGUCUGGACAGGAGCCGAGAUUCUUGGCAUCUUUCAUGGCCUUGGCAUCACAGCAGACACCUUCUCUUUGCUACAGAAAAACCUGGCAGCAGUGCUGGAGAAGGAGGAGCGGAUUGGGCUAGUGAACGGGAGAGAAGACGUGGUGCAGGUUCCCACCAUCAGCUCCAACACUCAGUCAAUGCUCAAAAGCCUCUUUAUGGUGCUGGAAUUUCUUUUCAGACAAAAUUGCAGGUUUGCAGAUGAUUACCGUGUGGCCCUCCAGCAGAGCUACAUGUGGACCACCCAGCAGGACCUGCCUGACGCUCAGGGCUUUUUCGCACGACCCCAGCGUCGCCGACAGAGCACCCGCACCAAAACUCUGGUGCACACCCUGAGCUUUUGGUGCCUCAACCCUGCUGUGGCAUUUUCAGAUCUGAGCGGCUCAGUACGGAGUGAUAAUGCUAGUUUGCCACAGAGUUCUGAAGAUAUGUUAGAUAAACUGAGGGACCGCUGGAUGAACACAGGUCUGUGGGACAAGUUUGAGGAGCGGAAGACUGUAAUUACUGAGCCACGUGGUGGUGGCAAGGGUGAUUUUGAUGAGUUGCUGCAGACAUACUACGAGGCCAUCAGAGGAACAGCAGCCAAUGGUGAAAACAGAGAUGGAGCACUGCUGGUUGCGGUUUGCAGAGGGAAGGUUAGCGAGGGCUUAGACUUCACCGAUGAUAAUGCCAGAGCAGUGGUCACUAUUGGUAUCCCAUUCCCCAAUAUCAAAGACUUGCAGGUUGAACUGAAGAUGAAAUACAAUGACAAGCAUGCCAAGUCACGAGGGCUUCUGCCUGGUGGGCGCUGGUACGAGAUUCAAGCAUAUCGGGCACUAAACCAGGCACUCGGAAGGUGUAUACGACAUCGAAAUGACUGGGGGGCACUUAUACUGGUCGAUGACCGGUUUAGGACAAACCCAAACAAAUACAUCACAGGCCUGUCAAAGUGGGUGCGUCAGCUAGUGAGGCACCAUGACACCUUCACUGGCGCCAUGCAGUCCCUGGAGUCCUUUUCUCAAAGCCAGCGGGGGGCAGUAGAGACCUUUGAAGAGACACAAUCUCAAGCUGCCCCUCAACACCCCAGCCCUUCCACUAUUACCUCACCCCCUCCCGAGAUAAUCACCCCCCUCAAGCCAUUUGACCAUAGGCUUGCACCGCCGAACCUACACACCGAGGUGCGGGCGGCCAACUCUGAGAGCAGGUCUUCUGAAUCAGGUGACAAAAAGAAUAUGCAGCAUCCAUCUGAACCAAGCAGAGAACAUAAUGUCCAAAGAACACCAUGGCCUACAAGCCACCUCUUCACUUCCACUCCAGUCAGUAGCCAAUUCAAGACUCCUAUUUUUCAAUCCGAGCCAGAUGCGAGUUCAGUGAUCAACAAGCAAGUUCAGCAUGAAGUUAUUUCUGUUGCACCAAAGCACCAAAUAAAUGUGGUUCCUGACCUAAAUGACAGUUCAGUUGAUCCUCAACUUGAGCAGGUCUUUGUGAUCCCUGCCUCUACUUCAAAGGAUACCACCACUGGAAUGGACCAUAAGGAUACUGAAGUGGAUGAACAAAGUAUCUUCUACAGCCCUGAGCUUUUUGAAGGAGAUGAGGAGGAGAAGGAAGAGACUACUGAGAAAUCUUUUCCAGAAGUCAGCCAUCCUCUCGCUAAUAGCACAGCCAGUGUUCUUUUAGAGGACCUCUUUGGUUCAGAGGAAGGAAAGAGGACAUUGUCUGAAGACCUUGUGAGCAGCGCUGUCCCAGACGACACAUUGUUACAGGGUAGUACAGAGCAGAGAGAUUUAAACUGCGGGACAGAUAUUGGCUCACAAAAUGGUGCCAGCAGUAGUCGAUUACGUAGACUCUCCAGAUGUAGGCAGAAAAGGCCCAACACAUCAGCAGCAUCAGGUAAACUCACCAACUAUUUUAAACACGUGCCCCCAACUAGCCAACCGUGCAUAAUUAUAAUUGAUGACUGAUGUUUAGCUUUGUGUAUGAUGAAGAAAGAAAAGAGCGAAUGUAUGCAAGUCUAUUGUGUCUUAUUUGGUUUAAUAAUGAACAUUUUAAUCGUACCCCCAAAAAUCAACAUACGGCCACUGAUCUGUCUUUAAUAAGCUCCUGAGAAUCUGUGUAUCUUUUAUAAGAAUUAUUAAAAUAAGUGACAAGCACAUCCUCCUCUCUGCGACGUAAUGUCUUGACUGGGUUGAUUUUAAUGAGAUGUACUGUACUGUGGGGGCUAAAAAUUGGAAGGUGUGGGCAGGGGUGUACAUGGCUGAUUUCACUCGGCUGAGAGGUUCUACAUUUUUACUCAGAAAUUACAGCCCAGUAAAGUUUUAUUUGUGUGAACUCUGAAUGUAAACAGGGGGCAGCUGUGUAGUGCUGGGGCGCCAAGGGCAGGCGGGUCUGUAAACAGACACAGAAAGCUGCUUCUUUCUGUCUUGCUCUCACUAAAAGCUCUAAGAAAUGACAACAUGUGAAGGAUUAAGUUAUAUGAACACACAAAUAACAACGCAUUGAACUGGGCUAAAUCUAUAGUGAAGUAUUUUUAA